AUGCCUCACGCUUUGAGUAGCCCAAGAGCCAUCGAACCUCACUUCCUUCGCAAUGCUAUUGAUGUGUUGAUCAUUGGGACAGGACCUGCCAGUCUUUCAGCAGCUUUAACGUUGGGUCGUGCCCGUCGCAGUGCGGCUAUCUUCUAUUCGGACGAGCAUAGCAGGUCCGCACGCUCCGAUCUGGAUGCCAAUGGUGGUAAACGCACGGCGUCAGUUCAAACUGACAUGAUAGCCGAGCUGAAGACCAGCUUCAAAACUGUGUUUUUCACCAACACAGCCGCGAAGUUUGUUCGCGAGAGUGGCAUGAUCUUCGAGGUGGUGGAUAGAACCGGUCAGUGCUGGAAAGGGAGAAAGAUUAUACUUGCUACUGGUUGUCACAAAUCUCUCCCAGGGGUACCAGGCUACAAGGAUCUAUGGGGAACGAAGAUAUUUGACUGUUUCCAAUACAGUGGACCAAUAAUCUCAAACGUGAAUUGCGCUGCCGUUUUGAUCACCUCGGACGAUGAAGACUCUAUAGACUCGGCGAUCCUCUCGGCUCAUCUGGCGCGCCAGUACACACCCGAUAUAACCUUGUUGGUCAACGGCUUGCAACACCUUGAGCAGCAUCCACAGGUUAUUUCCAUUGUCAGCCGGGGUAUCAAAGUAAUUAGCAAGGCUAUUGAACGUUUCUCAGAGGCUAGUCCAGAUUCAGUUGCUGUUGAGUUUACGGAUAGAACAAAAGCGUCAUAUGGCUUCGUAUCUCACGAACCCAGAUCAGACGUCAAAGGAUCAUUUGCAAGAGAACUAGAUCUCGAGAUGACAUCACAAGGACGCGUCUUGGUUGAAGGCGAUUUCCAAGAGACCAGUGUCCGAGGCGUCUUCGCUGCUGGUCGCUGCGCUACUGUAGUUGAUGAUGAAGCAAUAAAGAUCAGUAGUGGGAUGGCAGCUGGUUUGGGAGCUAAUUUACAAAUUGCCGAGGAUGAUUCGAGCUUGUAG